UCUCUCGUCUAGCUAUGUGAUUUGGCCAGAAGAGUGAGAACUAGUUAAUAAAUUGAGAACGUCAAGUAAGACACUAUGGUAGUGGGCAGCUUUCACAAUCAUACGUUAUGAUUCACCCACACUUACCCUAACCCCCAUGGAUGCAUUGCAGAUUUUGGAAACAGAAUUCUCAUACAAACUUCCCCAAAGUGAUCUCCAAUUCUCCUCCUUUUACUUUCUUUGGCUACAGUGUGCUUUUGAAAUCCACAGUCUGGUAUAAACAAAUUAAUUAGCUUUUAUCCAAAAUAUUUACACUAUGCAUCAAUAAAUCCUGCAUACCAUCCUUCAAUCUUAAUUAAACCUUUACCAAAAGGAAGAAAUAUUAAGCCCCUUUGCAAUCAAUAAGAUAGAGAAGGAAGAGCCAAAAUACAAUAAAUAGGAGGAAGAGAGAACAGGAAGGGGAGGGGAGGGGAGGGGUGUUCGAGAGUGACACACUGACAACACAACUAAUGAGAAGCCCGCCGCAGUCUUCCUCCAAGAAAACUGUAGCAGCAGAAAGUGGUAAUGGCUGUAGCACAGGAAAGAAGGUGACGGUGACUCCAUGUUGCAGCAGCCGGUUAGGUCUGAAGAGAGGACCGUGGACAGCUGAGGAGGACAAGCUGCUGGCUGAUUACAUAAAAAGGGAAGGUGAGGGGAGGUGGAGAACACUGCCGAAGAAAGCAGGGCUGCUUCGCUGCGGGAAAAGUUGCCGCCUCCGCUGGAUGAACUACCUCUGCCCCUCCAUCAAGCGCGGCCACAUCACUCCUGCUGAGGAAGAUCUCAUUCUUCGCCUACACCGGUUGCUUGGAAACAGAUGGUCUCUGAUAGCUGGAAGAAUUCCAGGGCGCACAGACAACGAGAUAAAGAACUAUUGGAACACUUACCUUAGCAAGAAGCUGGUCAGCCAAGGUAUUGAUCCAAAAACUCACAAGCCAUUCAUCCACCCGCCUUAUAAAGAUUUGACUGCUCCAUCCGAAGCAGCAGGCGAGAACAACCCAUCGUUUUGCAGCCCGAAUGAUAUCGGUGCCCCAUUUGAUGACCCCUUAGAAAAUGCGGUCAUAAACAGCACUCAAGUACCCGAAGAUGGGAAAUUGGUUUGUCCAGUUAGUAUGGAUGAGGAAUUGAUGAGCAAGUGUUGGGAGGGAAUGAGCGGCGGAGACAAAGACAUGGCGGAUUGUUGCAUGGAUGAUUUGUUCUUGAAUUCUCUGAUUAAUGAUGAUCUCUCUGUUCAGUGAACCGAUCCAGGAGGAGCAUCAGCAGCAGCCGCCGCCGCCUUUAUAUUUGAACUGCCCCAUCAAUUAGUUUUUAGCCUUCAUUGUUUCUGCAAUUUAAUGGGCUUUAGACCUGAAAGGAUCACAAUCCAAUCCAUUUCGUUAGUGAUGGUUUAAAUUUCUUACUUUCAUCAGCUUUAACUUACAACUAGCUGAGAGAGAUGACCAGCUACUUCAUAUAUGAAUCAAAAUGGUUGGUCAUACUCGUAUUCUCAUGGCCAUAUUCAAUGAUGAUAUGAUAGUCGAAACACACACACACUCACACUCUCCUUUAAUCGACCGUGGAGUAAGAGUCCUGUGAUCAAAGUUGUACUCAUCGAGUAGAAACACAAAUCUAGUACUGUAGAAGUGACUGUGUAGGAGACUAGUCGAAGAGAUUGGUAAGAGAAACAAA